CAACCUAAGCAAGCACCACGUAUGGUGAACCUGUCAGAUUUUUUCCUUUCAAAAAACAGAAAAAGCGACGCCGUAUGAACUUUGGCCUUCCCUUCAUUUCCUCUCUCUCACUCUUCUUCGUUCUCUCCAUCUCUCUUUCCCUUAAACUUGCAGGGGAGGAAACGUAGCAAAACCCUAGUUCCUCCAUCGCCAAUUCCGAUCAGCACCGGGCUACAACGAAAAUCAAGUCUCUUCAAGAUGACUCAAGACGUGGAGAUGAAAGAGGUCCCAGCGCCUUCUAUUCCUUCUAAUUCAGCUUCUUCUACUUCUCCUUCAACUCUUCAUAAUUUGAAGGAGAUUGCUUCACUCCUUGAGACUGCUGCAUAUAGUCGAGAGGUUCGGCGAAUUGUGCGUGCCGUUAGGCUAACCAUGGUGUUGAGGCGGAAGCUGAAGGUUUCUGUGCUCUCAGCAUUCCUCAAUUUUGCCCUUUCGCCGGGAUCUGAGGUUCACAGCCGGCUAUCCUCAUAUCUUCCAAAGGACGAUGAACAUGACAUGGACGUUGAUACUGCAACAUCUGCUACCCAAGUUUCCUCAAAGCAUGCCUUGCCAGAGCUAGAGAUCUACUCCUAUUUGCUUGUGCUCAUUUUUCUGAUUGAUCAGAAAAAAUACAAUGAGGCUAAAGCUUGUGCCUCGGCAAGCAUUGCUCGAAUUAAGAACCUUAAUAGGAGAACCAUCGAUGUUCUGGCAUCCAGGCUAUACUUCUAUUACUCCCUUAGCUAUGAACUGACUGAUGAUCUUGCAGAGAUUAGAGGAAAUCUCCUUAAUCUUCACCGGAUUGCAACUUUGCGCCAUGAUGAGCUGGGUCAGGAAACACUUCUCAACCUUCUGCUUCGCAAUUACCUCCACUAUAACCUGUAUGAUCAGGCAGAGAAACUGAGGUCCAAGGCUCCUCGAUUUGAGGCUCACUCAAACCAGCAGUUCUGCCGGUAUCUCUUUUACCUAGGAAAGAUCAGAACAAUUCAGUUGGAGUACACUGAUGCAAAGGAGUCCCUCCUGCAAGCUGCCAGGAAAGCCCCUAUAGCAGCCCUUGGUUUUCGAAUUCAAUGCAACAAGUGGGCAAUUAUUGUACGCUUAUUGCUUGGAGAAAUCCCUGAGAGAACUGUGUUUAUGCAAAAAGGCAUGGAGAAGGCUUUGAGGCCGUACUUUGAGCUAACAAAUGCUGUGAGAAUUGGUGACUUGGAGCUGUUCAGAAAUAUUGCCGAGAAGUUCGCAAAUAUAUUCAAUUCAGACCGAACCCACAAUUUGAUUGUUAGGCUGCGACAUAAUGUCAUAAGAACUGGGUUGCGUAACAUUAGUAUCUCUUAUUCUCGUAUUUCUCUGGUUGAUGUUGCUAAAAAGUUGAGAUUGGACUCUCCAAAUCCUGUUGCUGAUGCUGAAAGUAUUGUUGCCAAGGCAAUCCGUGAUGGUGCAAUUGAUGCCACCCUGGAUCAUACAAAUGGAUGGAUGGUGUCAAAGGAAACUGGGGAUAUCUACUCUACUAAUGAGCCCCAAGCUGCAUUUGACACAAGGAUUGCAUUUUGCCUCAAUUUGCAUAAUGACGCAGUGCGAGCGCUUCGGUUCCCACCAAACUCUCACAAGGAGAAAGAAAGUGCUGAGAAGAGGAGGGAGAGACAACAACAGGAGCAAGAGCUUGCAAAGCAUAUAGCUGAGGAGGAUGAUGACGAGUUUUGAAUCAGUUGUUUACUGAGAAGGCAUCUACUUGCCCUGUGAAAUGCUCUCAAAAAGCCAUGCAUUGAAAUGCCUGUCAAGGAUAUUUUUAGCUUCUGGUCUUAUUGACUUGGGAUAGUGGCUGUUUCCAUUUGAUGUUAUAGAUUUAUUGUGUUGAGCCAGAGCGACCUCUGUUGCCAUCAUAUUUUGAGGCCUGCUUGUUUCUUUUUCUCAGAUAUGACAGGGACAUCGAAUAUUUUACAUUUUCACCAGAUAUUGAACAUGUUAUCAGGUUCCCAUAGGAGUGCCCUCAUGCAUGCUCUUUUGUUCGUUCUUAGGUUCUCUGUAAUUUGACAAUUGAUUAAGUUGCAUAUUGCUGGCAAGUAUGUUUUGGUCAUGGGUAUGUUAGAAAAUUCUAUGGGAACUAUGGAAUUUGAAUUUGAUGCACGAUGGAACUAUAAACGAUCCUUUUCAUGCCA